CUGGCUCCAAGUUAUUCACCUGAGGAAGCUUCUUUGAAUUUGAUGAACUGGAAGGUUGGAAGUGUUGUUAGAAGUCAAAUCAUAUUUACUAUAAGUUUUUUCGGCAGCCUGACGUGAUAUUGGUUCACCAGCCAUUUAUCAACCAUAUGGGGCGAGAAUUAAAGAUGUCAAGUUUUCAUGGUUUGGUUCACUGAAUCAUCCAAAGUAUGAGCUGUUGAAAGCGAAAGCAAUUCUCAUGACUUUAUAACAUAAAGCACUUCUAGCUAUUGUGAUGUGACAAAUCAGCCCCCCCUCCCCUUUUCGCUCUGACGUAGCACCUUUGCUGUUUUGAUGAGGUGAAAAUAUUCAGAUCACCACUUUGUGCAAAACAGCUUUGUGUGGUACAAACCCACUCUCCAUUUUUUAUUGCUGUGUGUGUCCUCAGCCGAAAAUGAGUGCGUAAAGGAGCUUCUGAGUGUCAGAGCAGGCACGACGUGCUGCUACCACAAGCACCCAGAAUAAGGGACUGGACAAUCCAAGACUCAAACAGUUUCUUUUCAGAACCCCUCGGAUUUGCUUAAUUUGUAUCCAGUCGACCUGAAUGCACGCAGUCAUCGUCAGUGAACUAAGGGUGUCGUGGAGAGUCACUCUGGCAUUACUGAUCAAACACAUCCUCUGUUCUUCCGCAACUACACUCCACUGAUCAAGAACAACACGUCUUCAUCCCUUCCGUCACCUUACAAUUUUACCUUGGGCUGCACAAGUUUCACUUCCUUCUCCUUCUUUGCACCAUCCUGUAAACUGGAGUUUGUCUGUGACCAUUGCGGUUGUCCUGAGGCUACAAAGCCUGUGAAAGAGUGUUGGUUGGGCCCUCUACACAGAUACAGCCAAGGACAGGGCCAUCGAACUACAGAGCCUUUGUCUCUGGGUUCAGGCCAUGAGGUUUGAUGCCUCCAUCCACUGACGGGAGACACUGGACCUAAAUGGCGCAGCAUGACUUUGUUCCUGCCUGGCUUAACUUCUCCACGCCUCAGCCCGCCAAGUCCCCUGCUGCCCCCCUUGAAAAACAUGGAGAGCACUUUCCCCGCGGAGACAGCCGGCCGGGAGUAAACCGCCGCAGGCACAAUUCUUCCGAUGGCUUUUUCAACAAUGACCCACUAAGAGCACCUGGAGGUGAUGGGUGGCAGCAGCCAUCUCUGUUGAGGCAUGACUCUGUAGACUCUGGUGUUGCGAAGGGGAGUCAGGGGGGAUUGGGAGGCGGACCAGGGUGGAAGGAGACCCCCAGCUGGCAUGGGGCACAGAGGGGCCAGGAAGGUCCUCACCACCACCACCACCAUGCUCGGCAUAUCAAACGUGGUGGAGGCGAGAGGGACAGACAAGGGGAUCACCGACAGCGUAAUGGAAAUUUUCAUCCACGCAAAGGUGGCCCAUAUCAGGACAGAUAUUCUGAUGAGGAGCGCAAUGAUGACAAGCUCAAGUUUGUUGAUGAGGAUUUUCCCUCCUUGAACCCAGAGACAACUGGAAAGCCAGCCAGUCAGGCUCGUGCUGUUGGGACUCCGGCAGGAGUAUGGGAGAAUCCCCCUAGCGCUAAGCAGGCUAUGUCUAAGAUGCUGGUCAUUAAGAAAGUGUCUAAGGAGGAUCCCAGUGCUGCGUUUUCAGCUGGUUUUGCUAGUGCUGGUCCUCUGCCCGCCAAUGGUUCUAAAGUCUCCAUCUCUGGACCCAGUGUCUACAAGAAUCUGGUCCCCAAACCUGCCACUGCCCCCACCAAGCCUGGGCCAUGGAAACCCAAUGGAAGGGAAACUAAAGUGGGUUUGCAUUUCUCUGGACGGGAUUCGGCCUUCACCAGCCCAGUUUCUGUGACCAAACCUCUGACACCCGUCAGUGCACCUGCCCAUGCCACUUCUAAAGAGCCGCCUUCCAGCACUACUCCUCCCAUAGACAUCACCCCCUCACGGCUAAAGCUGAUGCGGCGCAGCACAGACCGUAAGAGUGAGUUCCUGCGUGGGCUAAAGGAUGAAAGAAAUGGGGAUGUGAGUGACUGCCACAGCCCAGGAGCUCCAGUAGAGGGAGAGGGAUGUAUCCCAGAACCAAAGGAGUUUGAAGAGAGUCAUGAGAACGGCAUCUCCCACUCUCUCAGUGACUCAGACCCAGAACACUUGUCCAGCUCUCUGGAAGCAGAACACAGGUUGCUGAAGGCAAUGGGAUGGCAAGAAUACCCAGAAAAUGAUGACAACUUCCAGCCCCUCACUGAGGAUGAACUCAAAGAGUUUCAAGCUAAAACUGAACAGAUGAAGAAGAUUGGUCUGGGACGUAACGGUGUGCUCUUGAAGCCACGUAGUGUGACCCUGCUUACCUGGAGGAACACCCCUAACCCUGGCCUGGAAGAGGGCUCUGAAUCUGAGACGAGCAGUAGCAGCCAGACCUCCGAUGAUGAUGAUACCUAAUGUGGCUUUAAACACCCCUUCCACAUUUCCCUUUCUCUCUUUCACUUAAUCUGUCUGCUCCAUCACACCCAUUUGUUUCAAGCUAAAAGAAGAAGAGAGAAAAGAUUCUUUUCAUGGACAAGGAACAUCGGUCAUAUCCCAGGCGGAGAGGAAAAGAGUUCACUUGUCAACUCGUAGGCAGUCUUUUGUUUGACCCCCACCCCUCUCCUUGUCUGCAUUUUGUUCUUUAUCCUGAACUAGAAGUGUCAAAGAAAGCCACACAACACUCUCCACCAGAUCUUUUUUUGUUUUUGCUUGGGGAAAAAAAAGACUAAUUCAUAAUAACACCAAUUAUAACCGUGAUUUAACGUGAAAUAUGGCAUCAUCUGAAUGUUCUAUAAAAUGGCUUUUGACACCUUUCUAAAUUUUUUGUUUUUUUUCCUUUUCUUAAAAACAAUUCGUAGCAUUAGUGUUAAGAUGAAACAAUCAUUGUCAAUCUUCCCAGUCCCUCAUAGAAAUGAACUCAAGCCAGUCGUCCCUGCAGCAAGGAAGAACUGAAGCAACACUGAAUGGACUCUCACAUGCAGUCUGGCAGCUAGAACAUUACUCCAUUUCUGGCUCCAGUUCCAGCAAACUGCUCAUUUUCCCUCUUUUCUUUCUGCAGAACCAUACUAAUAUACCUGAUUUCAUAUGUCCGCCGAGUACAUGUGAGAAAAACUUAAAGGAUGUUUAAAAGUUAGAUUUGAAACCUAGCUUGUGGAAGAGUUUGUCAGGAACUGUUUUUUUUUUUGAAUAAAGGUAAUGUUUGGAUGGAAGGGUCUGUUUUAUAUGCUGCGUUCUGGGAAGCUAGGCGAACAUACAGAUGUUCAGUUCACUGAGGUUGGGUUAUGUUUAGGAAAAA